UAACUCCGUGACAUCCUCUUAAGAUUCUGAAAAAAAUGAGGACCUACUUUGACUUCCCCACUUCACCAUGUGCGCUCUGCAGGAAUUCAGCAGUAACUCUGGCUCUGGGUCUGGCUUCCCACUCUCUGAAGUACAGAUAAAAUCACCACUGGGUCAAGGGAAUGAUCUCCUCCUCUAUAUAGCUGUUUCACGUGUCUCUAACCAUUCAUCUGAACCAGCAAAGGACAGGUGUGUGAACAGUUUCACACCAUGUCAUGGGGCUCCAGUUUGCUGAAUCUUUAUAGUUCAACCUCUGACUUUAUUAAUGCCAAGUCAUGGGACAAAGUGCCACUGUAACUCAAACAGGUAGAAACCAACAGGGCAAACUUUAGAAGUGUGUUGCCAAUCACUACCAAGAUAUGUGCCUGCAACUGUGCACACGAACAAGAUCCUCCACAAGCAAACAGUGCCAGGGCACAGCUACCCUCAACCCCCCUUUUAGAAAAGAACAGAUUGGGAAGAAAAGUCCAUGGGUUGUGCUGCAGCAUGCCCUGUGUUGACAAUAACUUUUGCCACUUUUGAUUUCAGAUUAAACAUUAACUUGUAUGAAGUGAUUAAAACACAACCUUGUUGCAAGACACGUGAGAAAUCAAAUACACAUGCAGUUCCGCCAUCCCUCCCCGCCCAGAGGCAGCACCAUCACGAUUAAAUACGCUGGGCAGGAAGCGGCCACAGCACAGCCAGCCUGCAGCCUGAGGAGCCAUGGCGACCUACGUGCAGCUGAACACCGGAGCCAAGAUGCCCAUCCUGGGGCUGGGCACCUGGAAGUCCCCACCAGGACAAGUGACAGCUGCAGUGAUGGCUGCAAUCGAUGCUGGAUACCGACACUUCGAUGGUGCCUAUGCGUACCAGAACGAGAAGGAGGUUGGGGAUGCGAUCCAGCAGAAAAUCAAGGAAGGCGUUGUGAAACGAGAGGACCUCUUCAUUGUCAGUAAGCUGUUUUCCACAUUUCAUGAAAAACAUCUUGUGAAGGGAGCCUGCCAGAAAACCCUUGCCGAUCUAAAACUGGAUUACCUGGAUCUUUAUCUCAUCCACUGGCCUUCAGGCUUCAAGGUACAGUAAUGGCAUUUCCACUGACAUGCUUUCUUGGGUAGGAUCUUCAGAGCUGCCAGCUAUGCUUUCAGCACCACUGUUGUUCCUGUCCUGAAAUAUCACAUCUCUCUGGCACUGCUCAUUCAGCUCUACUCUGGCCAUGUGAGCCAGGCUCUGGAUUUGUGCCCACAAGAGCACUGCUUGCAUGACAUCAUCUGUCCUCUCGAUAAUGGGGGAGUGAUUGAGGGUACAUUUGGAUCUGAAAGACAGGAUAUUUCAGGAGCAGAAGCAAGCAGCUACACACUCAGGCACUCAAGGCAGCACAGAGAGUAAUGAAUGUUAUUCAACACACGCAUACACACACAUAGGCCUGCACUCAGAUAACCUGAGUAAGUAGCAAGCAGAAACUCCCCAAGCAAAUGCAAUAUUACUUACUGACCCCCGAGAGAAGGUGAAACACCAAGUAGGAGAGGGAAUAGGAAAAUGCUAGUGAUAGAUUCGAACGGUAGUCUCAACAGGGCAUCCCAUGUUUCAAAGUGCACUUUUCCUCUCUCUCUCCCACUGCAACCUCUCUCCUGAUCUUAUUGUCUUCAGGGUCUGCAGGGUUUUUUUCCACUUGCAUGCUGUACCAUGUGGCCAGUGCAUGAUACAGAGCCCAAGUGGAACAUCUGCCUGCAAAACAAUAUAACUAGCAAGGUAGACUCCCUGUCAACACAAGAUAAACCACUGUAGCCACAAAUAUCACAUCCCUUAAAACUGUCAGAAUACUUUCUUCCAUCCCAGGAUCAUUCUUCACUCAAGAGCCUUUACAUCCCCAACAUGGAGGAAGAACUUGAACCAAGCUCAAGCCUCCCUGGUGCAAGCACGUGCUACACAGCUUUCACUCACACAACUACAAUGGCUGUUCAUUUCAAAUGUACCCCCUGCAGGAAGGGUAAAUGAGGGAUCCAGAAGAAUUUCGUGCCAUAAUGAAGAUAGUUGAUAGAAAGAAUGCCAUGACACUGCUUGUAUUAAAAAAGAAGUGGUUGAAAACUGUACUAUUUUAUGAUGGGAACUAACAUGCAGGGUUUUUUUCAUGUACUACUAGCUUUAGAUUCCAAUAUUCCUGUUAGAUUUACUUACAAAGCCAGCUUCCUUAAAGGGAAUGUUACAGACAUUUUUAAUCUAAACUGACAGGCGGGAGAUGUCCUGUUUCCCACAGAUGAGAACGGCAUGAUUAUACCCAGCAACACUGACCUUCUACAAACAUGGGAGGUAAGUCCAACCACAGAAGCAGUCCAGUUUUCUC